AUGGACGAUAACAGGAGAAGAUGGCUGGUCUUUGGCCUGUGUAUCUUGGUCGGUCUGGCGAGUGGGUCGAACUACGUGUACUCGGCGUAUGCGCCCCAGCUAGCUACCGAGCUACACGUGUCCUCAACGACUGUCAACCUAAUCGGUCUUGCGGGGAAUCUGGGCGUGUACGCUACGGGCCCGAUAUGGGGCAAGAUGGUGGACUCGCGAGGGCAGAGACUACCACUCCUGCUUGGAGGUUUCUCCACUCUCGCUGGGUAUUCGAUCAUCCGCCUGUUCCUCGUACAUACCCUUUCCCUCCGCUCAGCGGGCGCAUCGCCACACUCACUCCCAUCCUCGCCCCGACUCGCGAUCCUGCUGGUCGCCAUGUUCCUCACGGGAUCCGCCGGCUCUGCAGGUCUGGCCUCAGCAGUCAACGCAACGGCCAAGUCUUUCCCCGACGCGCAGCGCGCCUCUGCAACUGGAGCGGUCCUCGCCGGCUUUGGCCUGUCCGCAUUCUUCUUCUCCUCCCUCGGUCGCGUCUUUUUCGCGGGAGAAGCAGCUGGGCUCGUCGGCCUCCUGGCACUCGGAACAGGACUACCGAUGAUCACCGGGUCAUUCUUCAUCAAAGCCGUCCCACCCGCCAGCAAAGAGGGAUAUGAGCGGAUCCAGGGACACGCCGGGGACAGCCAUAUCCCCGAGAUCAUCUUUGACUCGGGAUUCAGGUCUUCAGUGGACGAGCAGCGAGGCCGGACUUCUACAUCAUCGCGUAACGGUCCGUCCCUCGAGCUGAUUCGCUCCCGGUCCUCCAACACACCACAUGCUAUACCACCCCGACUGGACAGGAACGACUCUUCUGGUCCACUACUCAAAUCAGGCCACACUCCGCCUCGUACAGAGUACAGCCCACUCGUCCUCCUGCGCACACCCUCCUUCUACCUCCUUGCGCUCGUCUUGGCGAUCCUGUGCGGUACGGGCCUCAUGUACAUCAACAACGUCGGCACAGUGGCUUUGGUUCUGGCUCGGCAGGGAAGGGCGGGUUACAACAAAAAGGAGGUCAGUGGGUGGCAGAGCCAGAACGUGGGGAUCAUCAGCAUUUGGAAUUGUUUGGGACGCAUAGGAGGAGGUAUCGCGUCCGACGUAUGGAAAGCUCGGUUCAAUGGUCAAAGGAUCUGGCUUCUACCCGUGGUGGCUGGACUGUUCAUCCUAUCCCAAACCGUUGCCCUUUUCACGACCCACGUCGAGUCGCUUUGGUUCGUCUCGACGCUUCUCGGCGUAUCUUAUGGGUGCCUCUUCAACGUGCUCCCUAUGCUCGUUCUCGAGUGGUACGGCAUGGGUGAGCUGACAAUUCAGAAUUUCGGGUGGAUUUGCGUUGCCCCAGUCAUCGGCGGCAACCUGUUCAACCUGAUCUUUGGUAAAGUCUACGAUUCUCACUCGGUCGGCCGGAUCGCUGCUCCAGAUAAUCCAGCGGAAGAUCCAGUAUCGGCUGUCGUCAGGCUGACGAUACGGACCUUGACGCCAAGAGCUGAAGGAGCGCAUGACUGUCUUCUGGGCGUGCCGUGCUACGCCGCAGCGUUCGAGACGUCCCUCUUUGGAUGCUUGGUGGCUCUGGGUAUAUCGCUGGGUCUCGGCUGGGACCGGGAGAAACAGGUCAAGGUUGAACGAGAUUACCUGUCAGUUCUGCUCCUUUCACAACUGAAGUGUGUGUGCUGA